AUGAGUGAUUUUGAUAUGGAUGAUGAGGAUUAUGGUUUGCAAUAUUCUGACGAUUCUGGAAGCGAACCUGAUGUUGCUUUGGAAAAUCAAUAUUAUGCAGCGAAGGCUUUGAAAUCUGAAGGGAAUCAGUCUGCAGCUUUAACUUCGUUUCAACGUGUUCUUGAAUUGGAAACUGAAAAAGGAGAUUGGGGCUUUAAAGCUUUGAAGCAGAUGAUGAAAUUGACAUUUUCUAUGGGAAGAUUCGAACAAGUUUUGACACAUUACAAACAAUUGCUUACUUAUAUUCGUUCUGCAGUAACUAAAAAUUAUGCGGAAAAAUCUAUUAAUUCAAUUCUUGAUCACAUUUCUGGUUCUAAAAAUAAAGAAUUAUUGCAAAAAUUUUAUCAAAUAACGCUUGAUGCUUUAAAGGAAGCUCGAAACGAAAGACUUUGGUUCAAAACAAAUACGAAACUCGGGAAACUUUAUUUUGAUAUGAAAGAAUUUGACAAGCUUAAACAAGUACUUAAACAAUUGAGAAAUUCUUGUCAGACAGAAUCUGGAGAGGAUGAUCAAAAGAAAGGAACACAACUUUUGGAAAUUUAUGCUUUAGAAAUUCAAAUGUAUACAGAACAAAAGAAUAACAAAGCUUUACAACAACUUUAUGACCAAUCAAUUCAUGUAAAAAGUGCAAUUCCUCAUCCUUUAAUUAUGGGAACAAUUAGAGGUUUUUUUCGAAAUUAUUUUGCUAAAAAUAAAAUAAUUUUUAGAAUGUGGUGGAAAAAUGCAUUUAAGAAAUGGUUUGGAAAUUUUUUAAAAACAAAUUUUAAAUAUAAAUUUAUAGCUGAAUUUGAUAAGGCUCAUACAGAUUUUUUUGGGGCGUUUAAAAAUUAUGAUGAAAGUGGAUCUUCUCGUCGAAUACUUUGUUUGAAAUAUUUGGUUUUGGCUAAUAUGCUUAUGAAGUCAGAUAUUAACCCUUUUGACAGUCAAGAAACUAAAGCUUUUAAAGAUGAACCAGAAAUUUUGGCAAUGACACAAAUGGUUGCUGCUUAUCAACAAAAUGAUAUUCAACGUUUUGAACAAAUUUUGGAGGCUAAUAGAGCUUCUGUAAUGGAUGAUCCUUUUAUUAGAGAACAUAUUGAAGAACUUUUGGCUAAUAUUAGAACUGAGGUUCUUCUACGUCUUAUAAAACCUUAUGUUUGUAUUCGCCUUUCAUAUUUAGCUGAAGAAUUGCGUAUUCAUGAAAAAGAAGUUGUUAGGCUUUUAGUUGAAAUAAUACAUGACAGAAGGAGGGAUUUAAAAAUUGAUCAAGUCAAUCAGACACUUGUUAAAAUUGGACAUAAUAAAGAAUUAUUAAGUACUGGAAGGGCACAAGCAAUGAAUAAAAUGCCAAUAUUAAAAGUAGAACAACAAAAUAAUUUAUUGGAUUUAUAUGCUGAAGAAAUAUGUUCAAGAAUUUCACAAAAUUUAAGUUUAGAAGGACUUGGACCUCUUAAAGAAUUUUUACACGAAGAAAAUCUUUUGGCAAUACUUUCUUCUGAUGAGGGAAUUCUAGGUUCUUUUAGCUUUUUAUUAAAGAAUAUAUUUUUUAGACCAAAAUGAGUUGGAUAAAGGAGGGAAUGGUAGUGAAGAGGGCAGUGUACAAAAUUCUGAAGAUAGCGAAGACCAGGUUAAAAAUUGAUUUUUAUGUGUUAUUUUUAUUAAGAUGGAGAAGUUUAUUUUUAUUAAAUGUAAGGCUAUAAAAAAUGAAAGAAGAUAACGGUGUUGUUUGU